AUGCUCAAAGAAGCAGCAGACCCCGCGGCGUCUCUGGAUUCCUUCUCCAACCUCACACUGGUCAACAGUAAGACGAACGAAACGGAUAGUGGGAAAUUGAUACGCACAUGGAUCGGCCAUGUGCACACGGAUGUCGGCCAGCUCAUUCACUCUGCGAAGAGCCAUGCUAAUGAGGAACGGUGGGUAGAGCCGCGUGGCAUGCCCCUGUCGUACUGGACGCCCAUGCAUCAAGCAGUGUACAUGAGCGCUCCAGUCGACGUAGUAGAACGACUAAUCCAGCUAGGCGGUUUCCGAACCCUCCGCACCCAAUGGACCGAGUUUCCCCACCUCAACGUCACGCCCCUCGAACUCGCUCACAUGCUCAACGAGACAAAACUCAACGACGUUCUCUGUCCCUACUCCGCAACCCAGUCCCGGCCAGAGGCUGGGCUCUUGCUGGAUACGAGCGGCUUGUAUCUUCCGCUGCUGGAGUCGUUCAUGGAUGGCGAUCCGGUUUGGUUCCCGCUAAGAUGUGGGGUUGAAGGCGCAGGGUAUCUGUUCUGGCUUGAUGGAAGGGAUCUGGUGGUGCGGUCGAGGGGUUUGGGGGCGUCGGGCGGCGAGAGCGUGUUUGUUGUUACGGAGCGGGAAGUGUUCAGUGUUGAGGGAGGCGAUGAUUAGAAUGGUGUAACGGUGAGCCCGUACAGUCCGCCGAAAAUUUCGCUAUCCGCAAUACGACUUACCGUAUCC